CAUACUAUGCCUUCUUUUUCCUCCGUAAACUUCUCCGUCGAUCACAUCUCCCGAGAUCCCGAGAACGCGAAAAAGAGGAACCAAUUAGGGUUCCCCGAUCCAAUCCGAUCCAUUUCUAGGGUUUCGUCUUCUCCCUUCUCUCAACGAAGGGCCCGGAUUCCGAAUCGCGGGGGAGAUUCCGAGCUCUUCGAUCCAGUGGGGAGGGAGUGAGCUAGCUAGGGUUCGGAUUUGGGAUUUUGGGGGGAGGGGGCUGAUGGGGAAGGUGGCGGUCGGGGCGGCGGUGGUGUGCGCGGCGGCGGCGUGCGCGGUGGCGGUGGUGGUGGUGCGGCACCGGAUGCGGAGCUCGGGGCUGUGGGCGAGGGCCGCGGCGGUGGUGCGGGAGCUCGAGGAGCGGUGCGCGACGCCGAUCGGGAAGCUGCGGCAGAUCGCGGACGCCAUGACGGUGGAGAUGCACGCGGGGCUCGCAUCCGAGGGGGGGAGCAAGCUCAAGAUGCUCCUCAGCUACGUCGACAACCUCCCCACUGGGGAUGAGAGAGGAUUAUUUUAUGCAUUGGACCUUGGAGGAACCAAUUUCCGGGUUUUACGUGUACAACUUGGAGGAAAGGAAGGGCGCGUUGCCAAGCAAGAGUAUGAAGAAGUUUCCAUUCCACCACAUUUGAUGGUUGGAGGUUCCCAUGAACUGUUUGAUUUCAUUGCUUCUGCGCUUGCGCAAUUUAUUGCUUCUGAAAGUGAUGACUUUCACCUUCCUGAUGGGAGGCAGAGAGAACUCGGUUUUACUUUCUCUUUCCCAGUGAAGCAAUCUUCAAUUGCAUCUGGUGCUCUUAUUAAAUGGACAAAGGGCUUCGCCAUUGAUGGCACGGUUGGGGAAGAUGUGGUAGCGGAACUGACUAGGGCUUUGGAAAGGCAGGGACUUGACAUGAGAGUUUCAGCACUAGUAAAUGACACAAUUGGGACAUUGGCUGGGGGCAGAUACGAUGAUAAUGAUGUUGUUGCUGCUGUGAUAUUGGGUACUGGAACAAAUGCAGCAUAUGUAGAGCGCGCACAUGCAAUUCCCAAGUGGCAUGGCCUAUUACCUAAGUCGGGGGAGAUGGUAAUCAACAUGGAAUGGGGAAAUUUCAGGUCAUCGCAUCUCCCUUUGACGGACUAUGAUCAGGACUUAGAUUUUGAAAGUCUAAAUCCUGGAGAACAGAUAUAUGAAAAGUUGAUCUCUGGAAUGUAUCUGGGAGAAAUUGUACGGAGAGUCCUGUUGAGGUUGGCUCAAGAAACUUCCCUUUUCGGGGAUACAGUUCCUUCAAAACUUGAAGUUCCAUUUAUACUGCGGACGCCUCACAUGUCAGCAAUGCAUCAUGACACGUCACCUGAUCUCAAAGUUGUUGGAGCCAAGCUGAAGGAGGUCUUAGGGAUCCCUAGCACCUCCCUGAAAACAAGGAAAAUGGUAGUCGGCAUCUGUGACAUAGUCGCCAGGCGCGGGGCCCGCCUUGCUGCGGCAGGCAUUUACGGCAUUCUGAAGAAGCUGGGGCGGGACAGUGUGUCCACCGAAGGCGGUGGUAGCAAGCAGCGGACGGUGAUUGCCAUGGACGGCGGGCUCUAUGAGCACUACACCAUAUUCAGGGAGUGCCUAGAGAGCACGCUUAGGGAGAUGCUUGGAGAAGCCGCCUCGGCUUCUAUUGUUAUAAAGCUUGCCAAUGAUGGCUCUGGAAUUGGAGCUGCACUGCUUGCGGCCUCUCACUCGCAGUAUCUCGAGGUCGAAGAGUCGUAGAAGGUCUGUUUCUUUUUUUCUGGUUGAACUUUUGGGUGUAUUGCGACUUGCACCUUAUCCCUUUCGACAAUGAAAACCUGUACUCCUUUAGGGAGAAGGGUAAAGUGCUGACAUCUAGGGGGUCCUCUAAUCGGUUUUGAUUUCGAGAUGGGUAAAGUGCAAAUUGCGGUAUAUCCGGGAAGAAUUGUAUGCAUUUUCACCCUUUUUUCUUCUUUCUCUUUUUAUCUUCUUUUGCUUGCUCUAGUCCCCUCGCGAGUCGCGACCCAUUUCGCUAUUCUGCGGAGACUCUAUUUAGUGCUUGUGCAGAAGCAUAUGAUCUUACAGAUAAAAGAGGUGGAAAAUCAUCUCACCAGUGUAUGAUUGGCAGGUUGUGGAAGAUUCAGCGUAGUUCUGGCCUGCUGAUCCUUUUUUUUUUUUUUUUUUUUUUUCCCUUCUCUGCCCCUUUAUGUUGCGAGCCAGGCGGAAAUUUAAUCUAUUUCUUAUUAUCCUUAUACAGUGUUUCCUUUUGACAAUGAACAAUAAAGUGGGGGAAUGAAAUAAAUCAGUUGUCAUUA